AUACUGAAGCGGCUACAUGCUUCUUUCUCUGUUGAGGAACUCAAUGACACUUCUGCCACUACGCGUCGGGCUGUUUUUAAAAUGUUGUGGAGGUCGGUAGCUCAACGGGGAUGUACGUAUCUCCUCCGACUUCCGGCUGCUCGCGCGCCGCGCUGUCUCUGGACCUCAGCCAGUCUGAGGUCCCAUGAGCACCAAAAGGACGUGAAGAAGUGGACGCUGGAGGUGAGUCCAUUCACCAGGGUCCAGGCUCAUGUCGGCUGCAGCAUCUCCGUCCGUCCACUCGACCUUCACGCUGUUCCUGAAGCCAACCGCGCUGAAAUCACGGUUCACGGUUCUGAGCCGGAUCUUUUCCAUGUGAAUUACAACCAUCAAAGUCAGCAGCUGCUCAUCUCGGCUGCAGAGCUGGACAGCAGCGUGGUGCUGGAGUUGGCUGCUCCUGUCAAGAGUAGUCUGUUGAUCACCACAAUGGGAAACGGGAACGUGCAGGUGAAGAACAUGGAGUGUGAUGUGUGUACAAUUCGGCUGGAGAGAGGAGACUGUCUGUUGAAGUCUAUCAAGGGUCAUCAAGUGGAGGUCCACUCCAGCGGUGGGAACGUCACCGGUCACGGGACGAUCCAUGGAAAUGUGGACAUCAGAACAAGUGGAGACGGUACUCUUCUUCAGGCGGUGGAGGUGAAGAAACUACAGGGCACCACGAUGAAUGUGUGCACUGACCACGGACCUCUGAAAGUGAAAGCCAUCUAUGCCGAGUCCAGCUGUGUCUCCUCAUCCUCGGGAAGAGUGGAACUUGGUCUUGUCCACGGAAGUACUUCUGUGAAGAAUGAGUCUGGAGACACUGUUAUAGAUGGUUCGAAUAGUUUGCUGAAGGUUUCCUCUCGCAGUGGAGACAUCGACGUGUACGUGGGAGAAGGUGCCAGCGCUGAGCUGCACAGCCAACAAGGAGCCGUGUGUGUGCGAGUGCCGUCAUCGCUGAGAGCAGCAGUGGAGCUGCGGGGUUUGUUGGUGGAUGUGAGUCCGGAGAUGGUUCUGCAGGGAGCCCAGAACAAGACGUCUGAAGGCCAAGCUUCAGUCACGGGCGUUCUGAACUCUGAGGGUCCAGUGGAGCAGAGAGUUAAGGCUGAGGCCGACCGAGGUCCUGUCAGGCUGAAGACACAAAGCUGGUUUGACUCGCUAAAACUGGGAAGAUGAUUGGAAGCAACAUCUUGGCUCAGUUGGAAAUCAAAUUGAUCUAUUUAAAUGUUUGCUUUAUUUAUUCAGAGUUUUCAUUUCAUUAUUAUUACAUCAACUGAUUCAUUGUCCAGAGUUUUACUGCAAGAUACAUCAACA